CUGGAGUGCCCACAUCUCUUUUGUUACACAUUACUGGUUGAUCAGUGAAAAUAAGCGAUGGUUAAUGGAGACGGGUUUGUGCGCGUGAGUGUGUUGGUGUUAAAAAGUGACCCGCCUCUUCCCUCAUUUCCACAGUCCCCUCCCUCAAGAAACCCCCCUUUUCCACUCUCCUUUUGUGUUCACGGUGCCCUACACAUCGACUGCAUUCCUGUUUCCCUCAGUAUUGACUCAUUCAAGAGGUCUGUAUUGAAAGAAAGUAUCACAAUUGUGUGGAAAUCACUCGCAUCUACUUCUGAGACUUCGGGUUGAGGAAAUACCGUUCAUACUUUCACACGUUCACUUACCUCUAAGGAUAAAGGAGGGAAGUGGACUCAAAGAUAAAUUGUAAACGCGUGAAAUGGAUUAAAUCCCAUCGAGGAAAGCUGGAGCACCACAGACGAACCAAGCGACGGAGAAGGGCUCGGAGGGAGUCCAUGAAUUUCCAACAUCAACGAGAAAGAGAUUAUACUCGACCAAACCCCAAAAUGAUGUCUCCAAAAGACAAGCCUAAGAAAAAACCUCCUAAAGACAGCAUAACAUUGCUGCCCUGCUUCUACUUUGUGGAGCUGCCAAUAGUUGCAUCCUCCAUGAUCUCCCUUUAUUUCUUGGAGCUGACAGACGUUUUGCAGCCAGCCAAAGUAGGUUUCCGUUGCCAUGAUCGCACACUGAGCAUGCCCUAUGUGGAAACAGGAGACGAGCUCAUUCCUCUGCUCAUGCUGCUCAGCCUGGCCUUUGCUGGCCCUGCAGCGUCUAUCAUGCUCGGGGAGGCCUUAAUGUACUGCAUGCAGUCCAAAUUGAAGAUUCCCUCUGGUUCUGAAGGGAGUAUAAACGCAGGAGGUUGUAAUUUCAACUCUUUCUUACGCAGGACAGUCCGAUUUGUGGGUGUUCAUGUGUUCGGGCUAUGUGCCACCGCACUGGUGACUGAUGUUAUCCAGCUGGCCACUGGCUAUCAUGCACCCUUCUUCCUGACCGUCUGCAAACCCAACUACACUCUGCCCGGUGUGGCCUGUGAUAAAAACCCAUACAUAACCCAGGACAUCUGCUCUGGCCGAGACCAGUAUGCUAUUUUGUCAGCCAGGAAAACUUUCCCUUCACAGCAUGCCACUUUGUCUGGCUUUGCAGCCGUCUACAUAUCCAUGUACUUCAAUGCCACAAUCUCAGACAGCACCAAGCUGUUGAAGCCUGUGCUGGUGUUUGCAUUUGCCAUAGCAGCAGCCCUGGCCAGCUUGACCCAGAUCACCCAGUAUCGAAGCCAUCCCAUCGACGUCUACGUGGGUUUGGUGAUUGGAGCUGGCAUUGCUGUUUAUCUAGCAUUAUACGCAGUGGGGAACUUUGCAUCAAAUGAAGAGACCUCCCCCAAACCACUAAAGCAGACCCAUCAACCAACACAAAAAGAUCCUCUGAGAGAACUGACACAACGUGGCCAUGACUCGGUGUACCAGAAGGGUCAUGCUUCUGAGAGCAAUGACGAACUGUCUGCCCCGCCGCAUGUUGCCGGCCUGAACCGUAAGGUGCGUCGAGAGAAGGCCUCUAUGGGCAGCCUAAAGAGAGCCAGUGCAGACGUUGAGCUCCUGGCUCCUCGCAGUCCGAUGGGAAAGGAGACCAUGGUGACUUUCAGUAACACUCUGCCCCGUGCCAAUACCAAUGCUAUGGAGGAACCUGCUCAACGUCACAUGACCUUCCAUGUGCCAAUGGACUCUCAGCGCUCUAAACAGCUGGUGUCUGAAUGGAAACAGAAGUCUAUGGAGAUGCGCAGUCUUAGCCUGAGGGACGAUGAGGAGGAGGGGGCCGCUGCGGAGGGAGUUGACGGAAUUGAGGUGGAAGGUAACGAUGAGCUGGGCAUGCAGACCUCUCUUUAUCCUACGGUGCAAGCCAAUAGGGGAGCAACAGCGACGACGGCAGGAGGGAGCACCAGGGUGAUAAUCCCUCAGAGGCCUGGUGCACCACAGUUAGUUCACAUCCCUGAAGAAGCCACUCGACCUCCACCAGUGUCACCUAAAAGUGCCAUAACGCGUGCAAAGUGGCUCUCUAUGACAGAGAAAGGUGGUCCGGUACCAGCCGCCACUCCGGAACUGCCACGUCUGCCCAACCAGCCGCGGGUUAUGCAGGUCAUUGCCAUGUCUAAGCAACACGGUCCGGUUACUGUUACCACACCCAAGUCUUCUGAGACCGCCUCAUCUUGUGGCACUUCCAGCACAGGAUCAGAGUCUCCCUACUACCGUAUCCCCUCUGACCGAGACAGCGCCAGCAUUGUUACAGUAGACGCUCACGCCCCUCACCACCCAGUAGUGCGUCUUUCUUCAGGCAACGGGAAUACCUGGGAUUGGAGGAGCACCACUGGUGCCAAAACUGAGGUUCAGGAGACCAGCCGAACACUGCCCAGGCAGGAGUAUCGUCCAAUCAAAACAGAGUCCUUGUGCUCUUCCUCCACCGAGCAUGAUACAGGGUUCCUGCCUCCCCCACCACACCCCGACUUGCUCUUGGACAGCAGCCUCAGCCUAGAUUCGUCCCUCCAUCGCAACUCCUCCAUCUCAGCUAAAGACUGGGACCCGGGACAGCCUCACCCAGAACCUGACCACUUCUUUAAGAACUUGCAAGCAAACAGACCAUUUAAGGAAUAAUGCAGGGACUCUUCAGACUUCUUUUAGGAGAAAUCCAAUGUGAAUAUUUUUUGAUGGCUGGUGUGAGAAGGCAGACUUUUUGGUUAUCUCACAUUGAGCAUCUGGGGUGGAUUAGUGCCGUGAAGCACCAGAAGGCUCACACAGACUUGAGGGGGGAAUUGUGAGUAUGUGUGAAUAAAAGCAGACCCACAAAUCUGAUAAGACUACAUCAUAAAUUGUCACAGACUGGGUUUACAUGUACACCAAUAAUGUAUUUUUAUCCAACAAUCAGAGUAAGGAUUUAAAGGAAAACAUCACCUUUUUUCAAUAUUUUAUUAUGUUCUUACCACAAUUUAGAUAAAACAUACCUAUAUUUUUUCAGUGUGUGCACUGUGUUAGCAUUUAGCCUAGCCCCAUUCAUUUCUUAGGAUCCAAACAGGUAUGAAUUUAGAAGCCAUCAAACACUUACAUCUUUACCUAUUUAAGGACUGUAAGUAUGGUGGCACAAAAUAAAAGUUUUUUUAAGCGGAUAAAAAAUUAGAACUAUAUGGCAGAAGAGCACUUACUUAGCGCCGAGGUCCAAGUGAGGCAAACUAAGUGCUCUUACGCAAUGCAAUAUAGUUCUCAUUUUUCUCAACAAAAAAAAUCGCUAUAAUAAUAAUAAAAUAAUAAUUUGUUUUGUGCCACCAUACUUACUCUUGUAACUACUCAUGUAAAAGUCUUUAAAUAUGGAAAACAUGGAAGUGUUUGGUGGCUUCUAAAUUCAUCCCUGUUUGGAUCCUAAGGAAUGAAUGGGGCUAGGCUUAAUGCUAACACAUUCACGACACACUGUACAAAGAUUAAUUGUACGCAUUAAAAAAAGAUAGGUAUGUAUUAAUUUGUCUAAGUUGAGGUAAGAACAUAGUAAAAUAUUAAAAAACGGUGGUGUUUUCCUUUAAUUGCUGUAAGUUGUUUACAUCCUCUUCAUUCCUGUUUACAUGCAGUUUUUAUUUUCUGAUUUUUCCCUUUAAUUGUGGUUAUUAUGCACAAAGCACACCACAAACGAUGAACUUACAUAUAGGUGUGUUACUGUCCACUGUUUUAUAUUAUUUAUGUUAAAUGACAAACGUGUUCAUAUGGAUGUAUUGCCCUAUUCAGUGCCAUUAUGAAGACUAUUAUUUGAGGUAAAAGUGUAGUAACCAUGGUUGUCAAAAUCUUGGUUAUUUUGUGGUAACCAUGGAUUACAAUAACCAUGUUUUUUUAACUGUAGUAAAACCAUUGUUUAUUUUCGUAAGUGCACAAUAUUUCCAAUCGCAUUACGAGGGUGCAUGUAAACUUAGUCUUUGAUUCUACAGACUAAAAUUCAACUAAUGGUGAACCAUAUUUCAGAUUUUUUUUAUUUUGGGGUUUACUAUACGCUUGGAAUUACAUUGUAUUGUACAAGAGGAAAUGAUGUUAUGAUGUUUUCAAAUGUCUCAAGCGGAUAAAGAACAGAACAGAGCUUUAUUAUUGUGGUCUGGAAAUAUGGACAGGUAAGCACACCACUUUUAUGUGCGUUCUUAAUGAAUGCUAUUGGUUUUAUGUAGGCCUAGUCACUUUCUCCUUUUUAUACUAAAAUAUGAAGUACUCUUUGCUUGUUUGUGUGUAUUGCAUGUGUGUUUAUUUAUGUGUCUUUUAAACCUUGAAUGGACUGUUACAUGCCAGAAGGGGCGGCCUCUUUUAUUUUGCUGCCCAGUGUUGAGGUUUUUGUAACAAACUUUGAAAAAUAAAAUUGUAAUAAUACUA